AUGGGGCAGGCUCUUCUCCCAUUGGUGAGCCUUGUCAGCAAGAGACAUAGGGAAGAGUCUCAGCUUGAUGGCAUUGAUGUACUUGCAUUUUACAUGGUCUUUUGGAGCACUUUGGAGCAUUUGGGACGUGAGGAGCAAGGAAGGACUUGGUGCAUGGACGCAGCUCAGCCACACACACAAAGGACGAAGGAGGAAGUCAUCUUGAAGUCUUUUGGAGCAUUCUGGAGCAUAUGGGACAAGGAGCAUGGAGGGACUUGGCACAUGGACGCAGCUCAACUGGAUACGCAAAGGAAGAAGGGAGAAGCCAUCUUGAAGACCAGCUCGACCGUCUACUCGACCAACCGGUCGAGUUCCUCAACUCGACCGGCCAAGCUUCAACUCGAUCGAGCUGAGAAGUCAAAGUCAAACCCGAAAAAUGUUGCUUCCCCCUUGACUUUCCUUUGA